AUGGAGGCUCAAAGGUUGCUCACUCAUAUGGCGCGGACCAGAGUAAUGCCGGAUGUUCAAACAUUCACUAUUUUGAUGGAUGCACAUUGUAAAGAGGGAAUGCUUAAUGAGGCAGAGUCCAUAGUCAAUCAUAUGGUUCAAUUAGGUAAAAUGCCAAAUAAUGUCACUUAUAAUACAUUGAUGGAUGGUUAUUGUACGCAAAAUAGGAUGAGUGAUGCUAGGAGAGUACUUAGUUUGAUGGUUGAAAUGGGCUGCUCUCCCGAUGUUGUUAAUUAUAACAUAUUGAUUAGCGGAUUCUGCAAAGCAAACAGAGUUAAUGAGCCAAUAACACUUUUCCUCGAAAUGCGUCAAAGGGGCUUGAUUCCUAAUGCCAUCACAUAUAACACACUCAUAAAAGGAUAUUGUCAAGUUGGGAACCUUCAAGCUGCAGAAGAGCUACUUAACGACAUGCAAUCUGAUGAUCUAUGUUUAGAUUAUUAUACCUUAAAUGCUUUCUUGGAUGGCUUGUGUAAAACACAACAGAUUGAUAAAGCCGUGACAUUGCUUCGACGUAUGGAAGAUUUGAAAUUAGUGCCAGAUGUUGUGACUUAUAAUAUUCUAAUGAAUGGCCUGUGCAAUGAUGGAAAACUCAAAGAUGCAAUGGAACUGUUUAAUUGUUUGCAUGCUCGAGGCUUGCAACCUAACAAGUGGACAUAUUCGAUUAUUAUGAGUGGAUUGUGCAAAGGAGGACGCACCGGGGAAGCAUAUCAGCUGUUAAAGGAGAUGGAAAUGGUGUCACUUACAAUACAAUGA